UAUUUGACGUCAUUUCGGCGUCGUACUGAACGCGACGUGUCUUUAAACCGGGCUUGAACUAAGGUCAGCGCCACACGGCUGCUUACCGAGCGUCUAGGGUCACCACCCUAUCCAUGCGUGUUCCCUGAUGGGCAGCUGGUCCCGCGGUGCUGUGCUGGAGCUGUACAGGGCGCUGCUCCGCGCAGGGCGUCACCUUCAGUACACCGACCGGAACUACUACCGCCGGGCCGUGGCCCGUGAGUUUCGGCGCUGCCAGGCCCUGACCGUACCCGAGGAGAAGGAGGAAGCGCUGAAGAGGGGCCAGUUCUUUCUCAACAGCCGGCUUGGUGGGCUUAUGUAGGGUGGGGGGCGGGGAAGGGAACACCCGGUGGUGGGGUCGUCAGGAUCUGCAUCUCUCAGGUUUGUGUGUUUCCGGCAGCAGGAUGGCGGGCGUGAACGGAGACCGCAAGGGGAAAAAAGAUGACAACGGGAUCGGGACC